AUGACUGUCGCAAACGGCAACGGCGCUGCUCCCCAGCGUGUUCUCAAGUCGGGCGUCUGGGCUCCCUCGCCCGCGUUCUUUGACGACAACGAGGACCUCGACGUCGCCACCUUCCGCAAGCACAUUGUCUCGCUGGCCAAGAACGGCAUGCACCCCGUCGUCAACGGCUCGAUGGGCGAGGCGUUCCACCUCACCCCCGAGGAGCGCACCACGCUCGUCCGCGAGGCCCGCUCGGCCCUCGACGAGGCCGGUCUCACCGACGUCGUUAUUAUUGCUGGCACUGGCGGCAACUCGACCCGCUCGACCAUUGAGCUCUCCAAGGCCGCCGCCGAGGCCGGUGCCGACAUUGCCAUUGUCAUCCCCCCAGGCUACUACCAGGGUGCCAUGAAGAAGCAGGCCCUCAAGACCUUCUUUGCCGACGUCGCUGCCGCCUCGCCCAUCCCCGUCAUGAUCUACAACUACCCCGGUGCCGCCGGUGGCAUUGACAUGGACUCUGACACCAUCAUCGAGAUUGGCCAGGAGAACCCCAACAUUUGCGGUGUCAAGCUCACCUGCGGCGCCGUCGGCAAGCUCACCCGCAUCGCUGCGGCCACUGCCACCCCUGCGUUCAACAAGUACCCUCGCGCCCACCCCGAGGUUGCCCCCACCUUUGUUACCCUCGGUGGCUUUGCCGACUUCCUCCUCCCCACCAUUGCCGGCGGCCGUGCCGGCGGUGCCAUCAUGGGCCUUGCCAACAUCUUCCCCGCGUCGAUCAAGCAGCUGUUUGACCUCGCCGAGAAGAUUGCCACCGACGAGUCCCCCUCCAAGGCCGACCUCACCAAGGCCCUCCAGCUCCAGGACCUGUGUGCCGGCUCGGACUCUGCCUUCUUUGGCCCCGGUAUCCCCGGCACCAAGUGGUGGCUCCAGAAGUACAACGGCCACCCCAACGCCCGUGUGCGCCGCCCCCUUCUCGAGUUCUCGGACGAGGCUCUUGCCCAGGUCGAGGCCAACGCCAGCAUUGCGCAGUUUUACGAGAUUGAGAAGGCUCUCGCUGCCAAGUAA